UCUCAUUUCUUCUUAUUCUUCAAAAUUUUCUCUUUCACUCUUCUUAGUGUAACAAGAAUUUCAUAAACCGUUUUCUGCUAAAAAUCUCAACUCUCUCUCUCUUCUCCAAUGGCUGCUCCUGAGAUUAGCUGGAAUAGGCUAGAUGUAAUGAAAUUCUAUGCAGGGGGGGCUGGACUAUUUUCUGGUAUUACUGUGUUACUCUACCCUAUCUCUGUUGUGAAGACUAGGAUGCAGGUUGCUACAAAGGAUACUGCAGAGAGAACUGCAUCUUCUGUUGUCAAAGGAUUGCUUAAGAAAGACGGCGUCCGUGGUUUGUAUAAAGGGUUUGCGACGGUCAUUACUGGAACAAUACCUGCCAGAAUGGUAUUUCUCACUUUCUUAGAGACCAUUAAGGAAGCUUCCUUCAAGAUGGUUAAACCGUUUGAACUAUCUGAAACUAGUCAGGCUGCCAUAGCGAAUGGCAUUGCAGGCAUGACAUCGUCAAUUGUGUCACAAGCUGUGUAUACUCCAAUUGAUGUGAUUAGCCAAAAGUUGAUGGUGCAAGGGUACUCGGGCCAUGCCCAGUAUAGCGGUGGUUUGGAUGUUGCUCGAAAGUUAAUAAGGUCCGAGGGCUUCAGGGGACUAUACAGAGGGUUUACUCUAUCUGUUAUGACUUAUUCACCAUCUAGCGCUGUAUGGUGGGCAACUUACGGGUCGAGUCAACGCUUCUUAUGGAGAUUCUUGGAAGAUGAUGUCAAAUCAGAGGAAGCUACUCCUAGUAUGCCAAAGAUUAUUUUAGUUCAGGCAGGAGGGGGUGUCAUUGCUGGUGCUACUGCAUCGUGCAUUACAACUCCUCUGGAUACAAUCAAGACACGGCUACAGGUGGUAGGACAUGGAAAGAAAAUCUCUAUUAAACAAGUUGUUAAGGAAUUGAUCAGUGAGGAUGGUUGGAAAGGUGUAUAUAGAGGAUUUUGUCCAAGAUUGUUCAGCACAUCAGCAUGGGGAACUUCAAUGGUAUUGGCUUAUGAAUAUCUGAAGCGCCUAUGCGUAAAAGAUAAAGAAGCAGCUGGUCAGUAAUCUGGAAAUCUUUCAACUGAUAUGGUCCCAAAAAGUGAUUAAUUGAGUUCCUUUUGUGGGAUAGUAAACAUGGAUUAGCUGAUAGAAUCUGCUGCUUAAAUUUAAGCAGGCAGCCAUUAUAACUGAUUUUUCAGGAAAUACUCAUUGGAUUGAUAGAUAUGGAAAUUUUCCUACUAUAGGAAAAUAUUAUUUUCAUUUUUUUUUUAGACAAUUACAUUGGAUUAGGUGUAUUCUUUUCUAACAUUGAUAUGGAUAAUGUACAGUGGAAGGAAUGAGACUAUACAUACGUAUAUAAAAAAAAGUUACACAUGUUUGUUUUUGGUUCUACUUUCCCUCUAAUUUCUUAUCUGUAACCAAAUA